AUGGCAAAUGAAAGAGCCUUACAGUAUUUUGUCACCAGUGAUAAUCAACGAUUAUAUGACCUGGCUGCGAAGCUAUUCAGUUUGGGUUUCUUCAACUGUUACUUUACUCCACAGCAAUUUCAGUUGUUGUCUGUAAUUUUGGAUAAUGGUAAACUUCGAAUUGAAGAAGAUGGAUUCGUUUCCACAGUGUGGGAUGAGUUUAUCAAAGGCAGGUUAGUACUGCAAUUCAGUAAAGGAGACUAUGAGAAAGAAAGUACAAAACAUACAGUGGACAAUGUGAAAGGAACAGAUGAUAAAACUGGUAUAGAAGUAUCGAAGGAGAAUGGACACAGCUCAGACCCCCCUUCUGCUGACCAUGACAUUACAGAGUCUGAUAAUGUAGGACGAGAGGAAACCUUGGAUGAUCAAUUCUCCGAGCUGUACUUGAAAGAUGGCGUGUCCACUUCUCAAUUUAUGUGUGCAAAACUGCGAUAUCUAUUGUUUGAACAGGCUAUAGAUUAUUUGUAUACCAACAGUUCGAUGAACGGUGACGCAGAGGAGUACAGCUUGCUUCAAAAUGUUGAUGAUAUGAACGAAGAGAAGGAGGAAACUGCUAAACCUGCGACACCUCAGAAUGUUAGAGAGAUUGAUAAUGACUAUGAUGACGACGAAGAUGAAGAUGAAGAGGAUGAAGAAAUAAAGGAGGCAUCAAGUAAGAACCCUUUCAAGACUGAAGAUAAUGAACCCUUAACAAAUGAACGCCAGCCAACAAACAAUGUUUUUAUCAGAUUAUGCAGCGAUGAAAAAUCUCUCUCCAAGUCUUUAACGCUCAAUUUGCUCACCUCUAUGGUAACAUCCAAACCUGAAUACCCAGUUGAGCAGUUGAAAGGUUCCGAAGUGAUUGGCACUUCACACCCACUGCUAGGAACAGCAUCAGCCAUAGAGUCCAAGUUGGAAAAAAGAAAUGAGGCUAGACUGAUCAAGAAUUUCAGUAAGAUCUACCAUCAAUUUGACAAGGAUGAAAGAAAUUUUUUGAAACGAAGGAAACUAGAGAUCAGCAAUAAACAGUUCUUAGAUCAGGAUAAUAACGAUCCAAAAGAUAGACCAUCCUCAAAUUCUACCUCUGAUGAGGAGUCUAACUCAAAUAACUUGGAAAAGACUUCACAACCUUCGUCUGUGAAUAAAUUGAUGCAGUUGGGCGGAGCUGCCAACUUAUCUCUGAAAAAUCUACUUUCCAAAGUUGAAGAAAAUAGAGAAAAGCUAAAUUUAUCUGAUUUAGAUCUUCGAAGUCUGAUUAUGGAUGUGCGCAAGAAUAGAUCUAAAUGGGCUAGCGACGAUAAGAUUGGCCAAGAGGAACUUUAUGAAGCCUGCGAAAAAGUUGUUUUAGAGCUCAGAGGGUACACAGAACACUCGACAGCGUUUCUUAAUAGGGUUUCCAAAAGAGAAGCACCAAACUACUACCAGAUAAUAAAAAAGCCCAUGGACCUCAAUACAGUUAUGAAAAAGUUGAAAAGCUUCCAAUACAAAAGCAAGCAGGAAUUUGUUGAUGACUUGAUGCUAAUCUGGAAGAACUGUUUAACUUACAACUCUGAUCCCAGUCAUUUUAUCAGGGUUCAUGCUGUUGCGAUGCAAAAGAAAACUCUGUCCCUUAUUCCGUUAAUACCAGAUAUUGUUAUCAGAGAUCGAAGUGAACUAGAAAAAGAUGAAGUAGAAAAUGUUGUUGAGACUCCACAGUCAAGUUCCAUUGGUACACCUAUGACUACGAGAGUAGCAGGUGGUAAAGGUCCUAAGAAAGGAAGAACUCAUAGGGAACCACCCACAAGGCCUGAAACGCCUGAUGGAAUUGCGGGUGAAGAUUCUUCUCAGGUUUCCAAGGCGGAGCAAGACUCGCCUGCCAAGGCUUUGGAGGUAACCGAGAAUGAUUCCACCAAGGAGAAAGAAAAAGACUUAUCCGAUGUCCCGACACAAGAGCAAAAGAAUGAUAAAACUGAGAAGGAUGACGAUUAUCAAGAGGCAGUUGAAGACGAAGAAGAAGAUGAUGAUGAUAACACAAAUUUAGAAGAAGACUCUACUGAAGAUGAAGAUGAUUUAGAAGUUCAAACAUGGAAUAGUUUAACAUCCAAUGUAAGGUAUAAAAUUUGUGAGAAACGACGAAAUCUGUUCAAAGAAAAUAAAAUUCAACCCAAUGAGGAGGCCAUUUUCCGUGAUACUUAUCAAAUGGAAAACUUUAUGCAUUAUUUGGGAGAUGAUGUACGUAUUGUGCUGAACACUCCCAUGAGUCGUUAUCAGUAUUACGAUGGAAACGAGGAUCCAUACCUUAUUGAAUACGACAUUUCAGGUGGUAUUCCCGGAUUAAAAUAUUCUGGUGUAUCACCAGAUGAGGGAGACCUUGAAGACAAUAUGUUGGUGGAUCAACUAAUGAAAGGAGAAAGCUCAAUUAGAGAAUCUGGGUUUGCAAGAAAGCCUACUGGUAUGAAUAAAAAGUUCAAUGAGAUAAUCCAUUUGAUGCAACAGAUACGACGAAUAUGUUUUAAGAUAUCAUUGAUUCGUCAGAUGCAAACUCAACAGUUUCUACAUCAUACACAAAUGAAACCUCCCGAUAUCAAUGAAAUUCAGGAUAUUGAUAUCGACCAACUUUCCAACUUACCUAAUCGUGACAAAUUGGAUUCAGAUGUCUCGUACAAUUCUUUGAAAAGAUCUAUUUCCAAAAUAUUAAUGGCCAAUGGAUUUGAAUCCACUGCCCCAUUCUGUUCUGAUGUUAUCACACAAAUUGCUGAAAAUUAUUUUGGUAAUCUAGUCAAAACUUUGAAGAACCACAUUGAGUCCAAGUCAAUUAAUAAAGUAAUGGGAGACGCCAAAUUUCAAAAAGUUUCAAAUAAGGACAUACUUUUGCUUUCACUUUUAGAGAACGGAGUUGAAAGCCCGGAUGCUCUUUAUGAGUAUUACAACGAGAAUAUUGUUAAACAAAUCAGUAAGCUUGAGGGUUUGAAGUCGCGUUUGUCAAGUUUCUUGGCUGAAUUACUACGCCCAGGGUUGCAAGAUUUGAAUGAAAGACAGUUUAACGACAAUAGUGAUGAAUUUCUUACAGGAAACUUUUCCAGUGAAAUUGGGGAUGAUUUCUUCGGGUUCAGAGAACUUGGCUUGGAGAAAGAGUUUGGUUUGUUGACAUCAACAGUUCCUUUACACUUAUUGCAUUCAAGGUUGAACAGCUCUAUCUUCAACUCCAAUCACGAAGUAAGUCAAUUGAAGUUCGAUGAUAUUCAAGCCGAAGAGAAAGAGCAACUAUAUAAGAGAGAAAUUCCUCAACAUAUUAAACUGAUCCAACCAUUUUUAUACAAUAUUGCAGAGAAAUCAAAAACUAUACACUACAAACAAUUGAAAAAAUUGAAUGAAUUACAGAAAAUGCCGGAGAAUGACGACGAUAUUCUACUUAUUGAGGACGAAGACUUGCCCUUGAAGCAGAGAAAUACUAGACCGAGAGUUCCCCCCACGGGAAAGAUACCUAAUGUGAAAAAGAAGGCCGUCAAUGGUGCUUACUUUUUAGAUCCAGCAAUUUUCAGUUCUAAUAACCAAGUGAAAGUUGAGGGUGAUACGUGA